CGGGCCUCCUGCGUUUGGACACCCCUCAAUCGCCAUACCAUCGCUGUGCAGAGUCACAAACAAGCACAUCAUGUUCACCCCAAGCAUGGCUACCCUCCCGGCCCUCCUUCUCCUCCUCCUCCCACCCAGGACCCAAGCCUGGAAACCCUGGCCCCCCAUCCACAAACUCACCGACAUCAACGUCCAACCCUUCUGGGACACCUCCUGCACCGACGACCCCUACCUCCACGACCCGGCUCUCGCCCGAAACGACACCGGACACCGCGAAAUCUACAUGAAAGAAACCUUCCGCGACGCCGGACACUGCUACAUCCUCGAGGAACCCGCCUGGUUCGGAAGUUUCAAUUUCCGCUUCGGAAAAUUGAGGAGUGAGAUAUCGAAUUAUCCUUAUCCACCAGAUCAAGAUUAUCAGCAGCGUGUGGGGUAUGAUGAGUCGAUUGGAGGGUGUAUUAUUGAAGUUUAUAAGGGGUAUAAUUGUGGGAGUCGGCAGCCGCAUUUGAUUCAUCCUUAUGUGAUGGAGAAGCCGAUUUAUGUUAUUUUGAAUGUGAGUGCGGGUUUUCUUCUCUGCUAUGCCCUAGAGCUUUCACCAGCUUUCCCGGGCGUAGACUACUCGUUUUUCUAG